AAAAACAAACACAAAAGAGAGAGUGCCCAUUUCUCGCAAAUAUAGAGAAAGCUGAGCUCCCAUGCCACUCGAGAGAUCGAGAGAGAGAGAGAGAGAGAGAGAGAGAGGAGAGAUUUUAAAAACAGAGUAAAACUUAACAAUUGAACUACACCAAUGGGGGAGGAGGAGAAGAAACCAGAGGAGAAGAAAAUGGAGGAGAAGAAGCCAGAGGCGGAGGAGAAGAAGCCUGAGGCUGCCGAGCAAAAGAAGGAGAAAGCCGAGGAGGGAAAAGAUGGGAAAGCAGAGGCCAAGGAGGGUGAUGCCGCCACCGCUCCUCCGCCUCCGCCGCCACCCCAAGAAAUUGUGCUCAAAGUUUAUAUGCAUUGUGAGGGAUGUGCUCGCAAGGUCAAGCGGUGCCUCAAAGGAUUUCAAGGGGUGGAAGAUGUGAGCACAGAUUGCAAGACUCACAAGGUGGUGGUGAAGGGAGAGAAGGCUGAACCAAUUAAGGUUCUUGAAAGAGUUCAGAGGAAGAGCCACCGGCAGGUGGAGCUUCUCUUUCCAAUCCCAAAACCGCCGGCGGAGGAGAAAGAGAAGCCCAAACCAGAGGAAAAGAAAGAAGAGCCCCAGGUAAUCACAGUGGUGCUGAAAGUUCACAUGCAUUGCGACGCCUGUGCCCAAGAAAUCAAGAAACGCAUUCUCAGAAUAAAAGGAGUGGAAUCUGCUGAGGCAGAUCUUAAGAGCUCAGAGGUGACAGUGAAGGGUGUGUUUGAUCCGCCUAAGCUAGUUGAUUAUGUGCACAAAAGAACCGGGAAGCACGCGGCGAUCGUGAAGCAAGAACCGGAGAAGAAAGAGAAAGAAAAAGCCAAAGAUGAGAAGAAAGGUGGUGAAGUAGGUGACAAAGAUAAGAAGGGCAAAGAUGGUGGUGGCGAUGAAGCGAAAGCAGAAGAGAACAAGGAAAAUAAAGGUGACAACAAUGAAGCUGCCGCCGCGGCCGCUGGUGGUGCACCGGAAGGAGCUGCCGCAGAAGAGACCAAGGUGGUGGAGCUGAUGAAGAAGAAUGAAAACUAUUCUUACCCACCAAGGUAUGCCAUGGAACACUAUGCCUACCCACCUCAGAUCAUGGAACAGUAUGCAAACCCACCUCAGAUCAUGGAACAGUAUGCCUACCCACCUCAGAUCUUCAGUGAUGAGAACCCUAAUGCCUGCUCUAUCAUGUAAAAAGUGAGCAAUGUCAAGGGUAGAAUGGGAAUAUGGGAAAAAAUGUUCAAGUACCAAUUACCAUGUUCUGUUCAUGUGUUACUGUGUAGUAUCUUUCUUGCACUGAAGUGAACUAUAACAUCUAGAGUAAAUUAUAGCAAUAGUUCCUCAAAUU